CUGGGGCGGCUCUUCCCAUAUACCUGUUUCACAUAUAGGACCUGCACAAAGGAACACACAGUGCAGGAAAGCGAAAAAGGUGGAGGAAGAGGAGGAGGUGGUGGGCACUGUGGAGUAGUUUCCCAGUCGUCAUGACGACCUCACACCCCACCAUCCUGCUAUCUUCUUGUUACCACGGUGACCUGAUCCCGUUUCAUCUCCGCUCUUCUUGAUGAUCCGGAUUGGCUCGAUAAAUAAGUGCGAUCCGGGAGUGCCUCUUCCUAUUUCAGGAACGAGCUUGUGGACGCGAGAGCAGAUCCCACGCAGGGACGCAGAUUGGAGGACAGGACUGGGAAUGCUGUGGGAGUAACUCCGGAGUGUUGCCUGGAAACAGCAGCAUGCCAGUACAACAGAUAACUGUGGUUCCGUCCAGGGACAUAGCCAACAAUGGCAAGAGCGCUCUUCGCUCCAAAGACAAGACCGAGGGGAGGAAGGCACCUGGGCGCUCAGGGAGUCGAUCCAGCAACAUCUCCAAGGCUAGCAACUCGACUGCAGGGCUUACUACAGCCUCAAGGACAUCCAUAACACCAUCCGCUCAGGACAUAUGCAGUUCUGGACAGCUGUCCCGCUUAGAGGAGGAUGCGUCUGAGUCACGCAAACACAAAAAGCACACACACAACUCCUCUGCAAUGACAGUCACUGGCACCACUCUGGGCUCAUCGGCUCAGGCACAGAAAAAGCAGGUGAAGCGACGUCACCGCCGCAAGAGAAGCAGCUGCACGGCCAUCGACUGCGUGGAAACCAAUGGCAAGCAGGACCACAGCGACCGGAGCCUCAGCUCUGACCGUAGUGAGCUGGGCGAGAAGAGGGAGCGCUCCUUCAGGAACCGGAGGGAUCUCCCACCUCGCUUCCGGUGCACAGGUGCGCCGCCUUCAGACUCCUCUGAGGAUGAGGCGUGCCGCGAGAGCCGCAGCUGGAGCAAAGAGAAAGCCAGAAGAGCGCGCCGCCGCAGCGGGAGCAGCCGGGACAGGGAGGUGAUGAACGCACACAAAGGAGGAGAAGACAAAGCCGAGAUCAUGGAGCUGCAAUCUGUGGGCUCAGAUGAAGGGAAAGAGAGUCAACCUCUGAUGGAGGACAGCAGCGGCCUUAAGAAGCGCCACAACCACGGGAGCUCAGCGAAGAGAGACGGCCAUGCAUCGCAGAGGGAUCGAUCGCAGGGCAGAGAUAAGGAUACGAAGAGCUACAAAUCACAGAGCCCAAGAGGCAGCUCCUCAUUGGCCGACGAUGGCGAGGAGCUCAUCACCAAGAGAUACCAGGAGAAGGGGUCAGGGGGCGGGGACAUGUCAGUGCCCACACUCCAGAAACACUGUGAUGCGAAUGGGAACACACCGCAUCCCUGCUCUGAUGACUCUGAGCUGGAGGUCUGCAGGAUCUGCCACUGUGAGGGGGACGACGAGUGUCCGUUGAUAAUGCCCUGUCGCUGCACGGGAAGCCUCAGUUUUGUUCAUCAGGCCUGUCUCAACCAGUGGAUCAAAUCCUCCGACACUCGCUGCUGUGAACUCUGCAAAUUUGACUUCAUCAUGGAGAUGAAGCUCAAACCUUUAAGCAAGUGGGAGAAGCUACACAUGUCAAAGAGCGAGAGGAGGAAGAUCUUCUGUUCAGUGCUGUUUCACCUGAUAGCGAUAGUGUGUAUGUUGUGGUCGGUCUACAUUCUGGUGAGGAGAACUGCUGAAGAGAUCCGACUCGGAAAGAACGCCGAAUUAUGGAGAGUUUCUCUUCUGAAGUACUAUACGCCGCAGGGUAAGCACAGCUCUGCACAUGCCACCAUCAUGAUCCCUCACACGUCUGCGAGGGGCACUAACAGCUGCUGUGUGUGUGUCGGUGUCCUUUCAGGUGUGCUGGAAUGGCCCUUCUGGACUAAGCUGAUUGUGGUGGCCAUUGGCUUCACGGGUGGCCUCAUCUUCAUGUACAUCCAAUGUAAAGUCUACCUGCAGCUGUGGCGCCGCCUCAAGGCCUUCAACCGCAUCAUCACUGUGCAGAACUGUCCCGAGAAGGACCUGCACAACCCCCAGGCCUGGCACAGCACCAUCGCCAAUGGCAGGCACGAAACCGUGGAGGUGCCGGUCAGCCAGGCCCUCGCCCAAGCUCCGGCAGCGCCGAUGGACUCUGACACGUCGGUGGAAGCCGCUGUGGCACCGGCGCAAAACCCUGUUUGACUUAUCUCCUCCCGCUCCGAGAACAGUCCCUAAUCCCACUCUGCUCAUGGUAAUGUCGUGAGCACAGUGAGAUUUGGACUUGUGCGGUGUUGUAAUGCUGUUCUCAACUUCCGUGGGUGCUGCUGGACAAACGAACUGAUCCGGUCCUUCAGUGAUCCAGAAAAGUUGGGGUCAGAAGGGCUUCACGAAGAAAGGAGGAGGAGCAGAGUGUGGAGAGAGGACAGAAAACAAAGCCAUCGGCACAGAACGCUUGUAAAGACCGUGUUUUGUGGUUUACUGACACCAUUUUAUCCCUGUAUGCACUUUCUCAACCUGCACUGAGUUAAAGAUGUGAACACCCUGCAGAUGCUCAUCAAAGGUCUCAGUAUGUUUCAAAUGAAUCACACAUAUGACUCGUAAUCAGUCCCCACAUCAGCUGAUCGCUCAGCUGACACUCUGUCACACAUCCACAGGGCGGGACAUUUAAGCUGCUUCAGCCUUUACUACCCAGCUUCUCUGAUCUGCUUUCAGUGAUGCUGCCACUGCUCUGUAAGGGGGACUUGCUGCUGCUCUUGGUGAGAGCUGCGAAGUCCUAGAACAGAGCCUACAUAAUCCUGAUUGGCCCAGCUGAAGCUUCGCAUGAAUUGUAGAAUCAGAGAUACAACAUUAUAGCAGAUGAGGGCUACUCUGAAACGCUCCAGAUUCAGUCACUAUAGCCAGGGUGCUGACUCUGAUAUCUGUAA